AGUUAAUGAUUGUUGGUAUGAUUGUCUCCAUCACGCUCGGUCAAAAUUGAACUUGGAUCACAUUCUCAUCCAAUUUCGUGGAUGCAUAAUAUAAUAACAUAAACGCAUAUCUCGUUUUGUUGUAUCACAGGGCCUCAAAACAUUAUCUCAGUCAGUGCUGAGGUUUGUUUUUAUUCAUCGGCCCUCCGCUCAGCUUUACGCGACCCACCAUAUCUACCUAAGUCAUACUUUUAUUUUAAUCUUCUUACAUUCCUUUUUUAUGAAUCCACACAGGCGAUUCGUUUACAAAUUCGCCGUUGAUUUCCUUAAAGGACCCAGCACUUAAUGUUUCUGUAAAAUAACUUUUAUGUGUUGACAGUACUGCGAAUUUAAUGCGUCGCAAUGAUUUGCUGUAUCCCUUCCUUUUUACUUAAUCGUGUGGCAUGAGUUGCUAUGUUUCACCAGUGCCUCGUUAACUUACGAAAAUAAUUUUUUUGAGCCGUUAAAUGUUGCGUUUAUAUUUUAGAUCAGGGACAGCGAAUAUCUAUUCGCUGAUUGUGAAUUUCACUAGCAGAAUCCAGUGAUAGAACUCGGCCGCGGUUGGAAUCCCCUUUUUACAUUAUCGCUGCUGUAGUAUGACGUUCCCUCUUAACUUACUUGCAGUUAUAAUGAAUAUCGCUGAUCCCAACAGCGACCAUACGGGCCUAUACUCGAUAUAGUUUUUGUUUUUCGACAAGAACAUGUUGAGCAAGUGAAUAAAUCCUUGUCAGAAAUUAUAGUAUUUGAAUGACAGUGUUUUUGAGGAUUUUCGUGUGAAUGCUGUGAAAUUACGAAAAAUUUAUACCACCUUUCCGAAGUGACAAUGAUUAAGUUGUUUUCUUUGAAACAGCAGAAAAAGGACGGAGAAGCAGCCCCCAAAUCAGGGACUCAAAAGAAAGCUUCCGCCGCGCAAUUAAGAAUAACUAAAGAUAUAAAUGAACUUAAUCUUCCAAAAACCUGCAAUACCGAGUUCCCAGAUCCGGAUGACUUACUCACGUUCAAGCUUAUUAUAUGCCCCGAUGAGGGCUUCUAUCGGGGAGGAAAAUUUGUAUUUAGCUUUAAAGUAGGUCCUAACUAUCCUCAUGAGCCACCUAAAGUGAAGUGUGAAACUCCAGUAUAUCAUCCGAACAUUGACUUGGAAGGGAAUGUUUGCCUUAACAUUUUACGAGAAGAUUGGAAGCCAGUGUUAACUAUUAAUUCUAUUGUUUAUGGACUACAGUAUUUGUUUUUAGAGCCUAAUCCAGAAGACCCACUUAACAAAGAGGCUGCUGAAAUGCUGCAGAACAACAGACGUAUUUUUGAACAGAAUGUGCAGAAAGCAAUGAGAGGUGGUUAUGUUGGUUCUGUAUACUUUGAAAGGUGUUUGAAAUGAAAAACUGUGAAUGGAACACACAACCUUUUUUUUCUGAAGAAAGAUGUGACCUAUGGUCUAGCAACAUGGGUUUGAUUAAAGUAUUAUUUAAGCCAGCACAUUAUAAUGCUUCGGCCAGACAGGUCACUUGCUUGAGAAAGUUUUUAUUUAAACCAGCUUUCAGUACGAACUCUGAAGUUUUUCCAUUUGUUAAAUAACCUUAUUCAUUGACAGGAACAAGUCCAAAUUUUUGAAAGUGAGGUGUAAUAUGUGUGUGUGUGUGUGUGUGUGUGUGUGUGUGUGUGUGUGUGUGUGUGUUCCAUAAAUCUGUUCUGUGAAUUAUUUUGUCCACACAAUUUUUUAAAAAUGUUUUUGUUUUUGCCAUUUAAAAGAUUAAUUUUUAACCCACAUUUAAAAUGCAUUGAAAUGGAAUUUUGCUUUAUUACAGUCAUUGUUGUAACAUUUUGCCAAAUAGAACAAAUGUAAGCUUGAACUCAUUUCAAUAAAGUAUGUCUCAAAGUGUAAAUUAAACAGUUGGUAACUGUUCUUGAACAUUAGUUGAUUUACACAGUAAAUUCCUUUCUAAAUAAUAGGCUGACAGUGAGGAAUUGCAAAAUAUAUUUGAUACCAUUGAUCAGAUUGUGUUGCAUCAAUUUGUGUUAGUGUGGGAAAAAAAAAUCACCUUCUGCAAAUAAAUGGAUCGUACAAACUCA